AUGGCUGUCUCGCUGAUGAUCGCGGCACGCAUGGUCUUGAACCACCGCCUCUACUACCAGCUCUUGAAGCACGAUCUGUUGAUUUCUUUUGAGCCAUUGCUCCCUUCACAGGACUCUCUUUUUCGGUUGCUGCUCUGGUGCUUGGUGAACGCCUUGCCUCAUUUCAUUAUGAACAUUUGGCUUGCACACCGUGAGUGCUUUCACCUUGUGAAGCUGGGUGAUUUGGCGAGCAGCGCAGAGAAGCUUAUGGCAGCAAACGUCCUGCAUGAUGCUCACCAGGUAGCGGUUUUCUAUUUCAUUCCGGCCGUUGUGUUUCUCAUCUUCCUCUUCAGCUCUUAUGACACCGAGGCCACGCUGCUGCCUCUCAGUAAGUUUUUUGAGGAUGAUUUCGAAGCCUCGCGGACAGUGCUGAACCGGGUCCGUUUCAUGAGGGAGAAGCACGUCGUGGACUACGUGCAGAAAGAGUUGAGCCCUCAGGCGACGGCUACGGGAGAUGUGUCCAUCGGGGAGAUCUUCAAGCACCUCGCAGAGGCUGUAGCGACUGAUGCUCCUGUCAUGCGAACGCAGCAAGGGCUUCGCGCAGCCUACAAGAAUGGAGAAGAAAGGUCGCAGGUCACCUGGACCAUGUGGCCAGCCCGUAUUCUUCUCGAUCCCCGCUUGUGUGACAAGGACGCUAUCAUCUUUCGCUGUGUGUGGUAUGUUUUCCUUGGUGUGCUGGGACUGCCCCUUUUGUUCGUCUUGUACUGCUUAUCCUCUCAAAUGUUCAAGGACGUCUUGGAUGUGUGGAACGGGCAAAUGUCUGACAUGGCUGGAAUCGUGAUUGAGUUGGGUCACUUCAUCAUCUCCGGUCACCUGAGCUGGAUGCUGUACCGUAGAACGAUUAGUGAUGCUUCCUGAUUCCCCGCAGUGGCGGCCAAGACCAAGAC